CCCUCCUACGAUUGUUCAGGGUGACUUUUAACAGCAUUUUGACCACUGUUGGGGGGAACCCCCAUUGGGGUUCAUACACCUCAACUGCAUUCAUCAAUCACAGCAUAGCUCGGGGUGGCUAUUCAAUUUGGACAAGAGCUUGCAAUCAGUAUAAUUAUUGCCAAAAUGGGUGCAGCCCAAGAUUAUAUUCACCAAACGAGGAUCGGGGCUUACUUUUAUAAAGCAAGGGAAUCGAGGAGGCUAGUACUGCUGAUUGUGGCCAUUGCUCUUCUUUUGGAUAAUAUGCUCCUCACCGUUGUUGUUCCAAUCAUACCAGAGUUUCUAUAUAACGUUCGACAUCCAGAACAUUCUGCAACGCCAAUUCAGCAGACUACCACCCCAUGGGCGCAUACUGGAGCUUCUCACAACUCUACCGAGUUGACUCCAUCUGAUGUAGACUACCAAUCAUGGAAAAAGCAUCAAGAGCUUGUGAAGGAAAAUGUGGAGGUUGGAAUCAUGUUUGCCUCAAAGGCUAUUGUGCAAUUGAUAACCAACCCGUUUGUUGUGCCCUUUACUAACAAAGUCGGCUAUAGCAUUCCCAUGUUCUGUGGAUUUGUCAUCAUGUUCUUUUCAACGAUAAUUUUUGCAUUUAGCAGAAGCUACAUGGUAUUGUUUCUUGCUCGUGCAUUGCAAGGUAUUGGGUCAUCAUGUUCCAGCGUUGCAGGGAUGGGUAUGUUGGCAGAUCGUUAUCCAGAUGACAAGGAAAGGGGGAACGCGAUGGGAAUAGCCCUGGGGGGAUUGGCUCUAGGGGUAUUGAUUGGUCCACCAUUUGGUGGAUUUAUGUACCAAUUCGUUGGAAAAUCUGCUCCCUUCCUAAUCUUGGCUUGUCUCGCUCUAAUGGAUGGUUGCCUGCAGCUCCUCAUACUUCAACCAGGCGUCACUGUACCGACAGAAGACGCAACAAGUUUGAAAACGCUGAUUAGCGAUCCAUACAUUCUGAUUGCAUCAGGUGCCAUCACAUUUGCCAACAUGGGCAUCGCAAUGCUUGAGCCUUCUCUUCCACUCUUUAUGAUGGAUAGAAUGGACGCCGAAAAGUGGCAACUCGGAGCUGCCUUCCUCCCCGCAUCCAUUUCCUAUUUGAUUGGUACUAAUUUGUUCGGUCCGCUGGGUCACAAAAUGGGUAGAUGGUUAGCCUCGUUGGUGGGCCUCUCUGUCAUUGGGUUAGCUUUGAUAUUGAUUCCGUUUGCCUCGACUCCCAAUCAUCUGGUGAUACCAAUGGCUGGCCUUGGGUUUGGAAUUGGCAUGGUGGAUUCAAGUAUGAUGCCUGAACUGGCAAACCUGGUUGAUUUAAGACACUCGUCUUCGUACGGAGGAGUUUACGCUAUUGGUGACAUUGCAUUUUGUCUCGGUUUUGCGAUUGGGCCUGCCCUUAGUGGCAACCUUGUCAAAGCCAUCGGUUUCAAAGCUAUGCUAACUGGUAUUGGAGUUGUGUGUUUUCUCUAUGGACCUUUGUUAAUACUGUUGAAGAAUCCACCUCCCAAGACCGAACAAGAGAAGCAAGAAGCAAAGCAUCUAGUGUUUGACAGUGAAAAAACUUCGGUGAAAUAUGCAGAUUUGGACGAUCAGUACUAGGCAUAGAAUCAAGCAGACCUAGCCCCUAUUUCUUUUGGAUGGGUAUUGAUAACAUUGCGGCAAAAACAUUGAAUGAUUUAAAUUUUUAUUAAUUGUCAAGAAAACCAUGAUUUCUAUGUUCUAGUAGUUCUGUCUCAUUCAUGCCAAUGUCAGUGUUUCCGAAAUAAUAUAACUUUAAGGCCGUAAAGUAGUAACAAUGUUUAAAAAUAUUUCAUGUAACUUUCCUUAUUAGAGCCAGUAAGUUCAGAAGUCUGAUGCCUAAAAGUCACGAAUUGUUAACAUUUGAAUUACUGAAUAUAUUUACAAUUGUUGAAUAAAUUAUCUUCGCUCAGAUUUCGCAUUCACUAAAAUUGUACCAAGUACUUGUAAAAUGCUAUCAAUGGAAGCUCUUGAUUGCUACUCAUGUUAAGUGCUAAAAUAUAUGUUCAAUGAAAAAUAAAUAACUGUGCCAUA